AGGGUUGAAGGUUCUUGGCAGACAUAGAAGUAAGGUCGCUUAAAUUACCGUCGUUCAACAAGACUCAGGAAUUGCGCGUCGUUUUAGAAACAGCAAUACCCAAGGCAACAAUGUCAAGUCAAAACAGAUUUCCCCCUAAAGUUCUCAUCAUCGGGGCUGGCGUCUUUGGCCUGUCGACAGCCCUUGCCAUCACAAGGCGCUCUCCAUCAACCAAAGUCACCGUUGUUGAUCGACUGACUCCUCCAGUUCCGGACGGGACGAGCGUCGACACCACUCGAUGCAUUCGAUCAGAUUAUACUGAUCCCAUAUAUGCUCGACUCGCAAAGACGGCCCAGAUCAAGCUACAAGAAGAUCCCGAAAUCAGUCGAUACAUGUUCCAGCAAGGCAUGACAUUUGUCUGUGAUGGAGAACCAAGUCGUUUCACCGAUAUCUACCGGGUGACUCUGACACGGGCAAAGAGUCUGUGCCGUCCCGAGGAUAUCGUAGAGAUGCCUUGUCGAGAAGAUGUCUAUCAGCGAAUCCAUGGCAAAACAUCUCAGCCAGUCGCCGAGACAAAGCUCGGAGGCCGGCCGCGUUGGAACAAGGCUUAUUGCAAUUUGGAAGCCGCCUUUAUCGACGCCAAGGAGUCCAUCAGAGUAUACUAUGAACGGUGUCAAAAUGAACCUGCCAUAACGUUCGAAUGUGGAACGCCAGUCGACCAUAUCAAUAUCAGCGGCGGACGCUCUCAAGGGGUCACACUGGAGGAUGGAACUGUACUCAAAGCUGAUCUCGUCAUUGUUGCAGCUGGUGCUUGGUCAAACCGACUGGUAGAUCUGGGUAGUCGUCAGACACCCGUGGGACACGAGGUGGCCUGGAUCAAGGUCACGCCAGAGGAGGAAGCCCGUUGGAAGAACAUGUCCAUCACCACCAACCUCAGCACGGGAUUGAACAUGUUCCCACCGUACCAUGGUGAGAUCAAGAUCCUCAGACGAUCACCGGGCUACAAGAAUACAGUCGUGGUGCCGCAUCCAGAGGACGAAUCGAAGGAGUUGAAGAUUUGUUACCCUCGGACAAUCGUCAGCAAUCCCUCAGAUGUCAUUCCCGCCGAUGCUGAAGCCGCAAUGCGUGAGAAUCUGAGGGAGAUCAUGCCACCUUUGGCAGCUAGACCGUUUGACAGGACCAAGAUAUGCUGGAUUAGUACCACCCCUACCGCUGAUUUCUUAAUCGCUCCUCAUCCCUCUGUCCAAGGAAUCCAUCUGGCGACUGGAGGGUCGGCUCAUGCGUGGAAAUUUCUGCCCAUUCUUGGUGAUUACAUUGUGGACUCGGUGGAAGGAAAAUUGUCUCAAGAGUUGGCUGACAAAUGGGCUUUCCAUAGGGUGUCGGAUGGCAAAGACUCAAGUAGCCCUAGAAUGGAUGGAGAACCACAAGAAUUGGCAGGAGUAGUCCGGCAUCGACUCUAA